AAACUGGGCGGAGGGCCGGGCAUGGAGGACGCGACGGCGACGACGCUAGCGACGGAGCUCGACGGGCUGCUGGCCAUGGCGAGGGAGCUGGAGGCGCGGGUGGGCGCCGACCAGGGCGUGCCGGGUGCCGCGAGGGAGCUCUGCGCCGCGCUGGCCGCGUCCGUCGACCGGGCCGUGCGCCUCGCCGGCCGUAGCGGCAAUGCCGGCGGCAGGGCGAGCGUGAACGGCCAGCGCAGGAGCGGCAGGAAGGCGGCGGCGGCGAAGGUGCGGACGCAGGUGCGGGUGGCCUCGAUGCAGGACCUGGGUCCGCUCGACGACGGGCUCAGCUGGCGGAAGUACGGCCAGAAGGACAUCCUCGGCGCCACGUACCCCAGGUCCUACUUCCGGUGCACGCACCGGCACACGCAGGGCUGCGCCGCCACCAAGCAGGUGCAGCGGGCGACGGCCGACCCGCUGCUCUUCGACGUCGUGUACCACGGCGCGCACACCUGCGCCCAGACCGCCGUCCUGGCCGGCAUGGAGCAGCAGCAGCCGCCUGCUGCCUUCGGCCAGGAGCCGCAGAGCCCGCCGGAAGAGGUUCAGUGGCCGGCAGAGCCCGUGACUCCGUUUUCCUUCCCCUCCUGCUGCCACCUUACCGGGAGCUACGGCUACGCGGCGGCGGGCGGCGGCCUCGGAGUUGACAUGGAGCUUGAAGAUCAACUCGACGAGCUGUUCUUGGACGUGUCAGGGAUUUUCUAACCGGAUGUUCAGAACCUGUCAAGUCACGUAGUACAAGAAUGCGAACUCAGCUACUGUUUAUGGAACUUAAAACUCCAUUAUUACGAUGGUGGACCUGUAGAACUGUAGAAGCACUCGGCGCGAGCGCCAUUGCAUCAGCAGGUAAACACUGCUGCUCCUCCGACCAAAGCAGCCGUCGUGCCUGUCGCCUUAGAGCAUCAACAAACCGGUCUGGCCAAAUCUAGACCUCUGUACGUCCGCGAAAAAGUUCGUUCAUAACUGUGUCUCUCAAA